AUGGAGGACUAUGAGCGGGAGCUGCACGGCAUCGAGGACGACUUCCACAGCCAGUUUGCGGACGAGCUGGAGGUGCUGGCGGAGCUGGAAGCAGGGAGAGAGGCUCUGUCACCUUGCAGGGACAGGCUCCGGCCGUCGUUUGAGGAGGCCAUUGCUGGAGGGGACGCUGCGGCGCCCUGUUCUCCCGAUGGACGCUCAGGGAGCCGCAGGGGUGCCAGGAGGAGGCAGCUGGCCACCGACGCCGAGAGGGACGGACUCCUCCUCACUCCGAGGGUCAAGCGGCCCAGGCUGGAGGCGGUCAAAAGGCUAGACUUCGGGCAGGAUGAGAUGGAAGAGCCGCUGCUUCCCGACUCCCCUCCUCGGGACAUCACCCCCCCACCCAGUCCGGAGGUCCCCGCUGAGCUGUGGGGCGAGGGGACCGCGGACCCUGGUGCUGACCUGGGGCUCAAACUGGCCUCCCCGGCCCCUCGCAACCCGGUCCUGAGGCGACCCCCUGUCCUGGAGGACUACGUCAACGUGACCUCCACCGGCGGAGACCGGGCCUUUCUGGUGCUUCGGGCUGACCCCGUGGGCACUGGAGUGCAGAGCCCUUCCUUGGACACCCACUGGCGUGGCCGUGGCCGCCUGGACCUGCUGGGCGUGCCUUUCGCUUCUCUGAAGGAGCAGGUUGACAGUGAGCGGCGGCAGCGAUUGCUCGAACAGGCCCAGCGGCUCUCAGACACACUGCACAGCCUCAGGACGGAGGAGACGGAGGGGGAGGCCCCGGAGGAGGUGCCGGCCGACCGCCAGGAAGAUGCGCAGCACAGCCUCUGGGUGGAUGAGUUUGCGCCCCGGCACUACACGGAGCUGCUCAGCGACGACUUCACCAACCGCUGCCUCCUCAAGUGGCUGAAGCUGUGGGACCUGGUGGUGUUCGGCCGCGAGAGGCCGGCCCGGAAGCCCAGGCCCGGUGUGGAGCCGGCCCGGGCUGGCAAGGAGGCCCCCGCUUCCGGCAAGUGGAAGAGCCACGAGCAGGUGCUGGAGGAGAUGCUCGAGGCCGAGCUGGACCUGAGCCGGCGGCCCCGGCAGAAGGUAGCUUUGCUAUGCGGACCCCCUGGGCUGGGCAAGACCACUCUGGCCCACGUGAUCGCAAGGCAUGCUGGGUACUGUGUGGUGGAAAUGAACGCAAGUGACGACCGCAGUCCCGAGGCCUUCCGCACGCACAUCGAGGCGGCCACGCAGAUGGAGUCGGUGCUGGGCAUUGGCGGGAAGCCCAACUGCCUGGUCAUCGAUGAGAUUGAUGGGGCCCCCACGGCUGCCAUCAACGUGCUCCUCAGCAUCAUUGACCGCAAGGGCCCGAAGGAGGCAGAGCUGGGGGGCCGGGCCGUGUUGGCGGGUGAGGGGCGGCGGCCGCGGGCAGAGGGGGGUCUCCUGAUGAGGCCAGUCAUCUGCAUCUGUAAUGACCAGUUUGCGCCCUCUCUGCGGCAGCUGAAGCAGCAGGCUUUCCUGCUCCACUUUCCACCUACGCUACCCUCCAGGCUCGUCCAGCGGCUGCAGGAGAUCUCCCUGCGGCAAGGCCUGCAGGCCGACCCAGGCGCCCUGGCAGCCCUCUGUGAGAAGACAGACAAUGACAUCCGAGCCUGCAUCAACACCCUGCAGUUCCUGCACGGGCGAGGCCAGCGGGAGCUGAGUGUCCAGGCCGUGCAGACCACACGAGUCGGCCUCAAGGACCAGCGCAGGGGGCUCUUCUCCGUGUGGCAGGAGGUCUUCCAGCUGCCCCGGGCCCAGAGGCGACGUGUGGGCCAGGACCCAACCCUGCCUGCCCGCACGCUCCUGCUGGGCGAUGGGCCCGUGGGGCUGGGGCCCCAGGCUGCCGAGGCGCCCCUGACCAUGGCCGCACAGCGCUUCUACCACAUCCUGCAUGUGGCCGCCUCCUCGGGCGAGCACGAGAAGGUAGUCCAGGGCCUGUUUGACAACUUCCUGCGGCUGCGGCUGCGGGACUCCAGCCUGGGCUCCGUGUGUACAGCUCUCGACUGGCUAGCCUUUGAGGACACGCUGGGCCAGGCCGCCUACCACAGCCAGAGCUUCCAGUUGCUGCGCUACCAGCCCUUCCUGCUUGUGGCCUUCCACUUGCUGUUUGCCUCCAGCCAUGUGCCUAGGAUCGCCUUCCCGAAUAGCCAGCAGGAGGCCCAGAACCGGACGAAUCAGGUGCAGAACCUGAUCCAGACACUGGUAUCAGGUAUUGCUCCAGCCACUCGCAACCAAACAGCGCCCUCGGCCCUCGUCCUGGACACCCUCUGCCUGCUCCUGGACAUCCUCGUGCCUAAGCUCCGCCCUGUGAGCACGCAGCUGUACAGCGCCCGUGAGAAGCUGCAGUUGAGCAGCCUUGUGGGCACCAUGCUUGCCUACAGCCUGACCUACCGCCAGGAGCGCACGCCCGACGGGCAGUAUGUCUACAGGCUGGAGCCGAACUUGGAGGAGGUCUGCCGCUUCCCUGAGCUGCCUGCCCGAAAGCCCCUCACCUACCAGGCCAAGCAGCUUAUUGCCCGUGAGAUCGAAGUGGAGAAGAUGCGGCGGGCAGAGGCCUUGGCCCGAGAUGGGGACAGCCCCCAGGUGGAUGGCAGUCCCUCCAAGGCCAAGGGCCCGCAGGGGACUACUGGGGGGAAAGGGGCACAACCAUCCACCCCACGCAGUCAGGAGCAGCGGCUGGAGAGCAUCCUGAAGAGAGCAGCCCUGGAGGACCAGACCGAGAGGGAUUUCUUCGGCCGCGUGGUCAUCAGGAGAGCAGCAGCCCCGAGCGCAGAGGACACGGCCCCUGAGACUGACGCGGUUGAGCAGCGCAUGGGCACGGCGGUGGGCAGGAGCGAUGUCUGGUUCCGCUUCAAGGAGGGCGUCUCCAAUGCUGUGCGACGCAGCCUGCACAUCCGGGACCUGCUGUAG